ACCAAUCAUUGUUGGAAUAUUUGACGUACACUCGGCCGGCAGGAACCUCAUUCAAUGCGGCAAGAUAAACGUUGAAGACACUCUACACUUGGUUGCGUUUUUUGACAGUAUCGAAAGAGCGAACGCAGCCAAUCCAAAGCAAAAAAUUCUCGGCCUGGCUCUUGAUACAUGUGGCCAUUCUUUGCACGUUGACCAAGACACUUACAAUCUGCUAUCGUUUGGUACGAUAUGCCAUGACGAUAACCUAAUGUUAAACAAAAGCAAUAUAUUCUCGUUCUUCACGAUGCACGAAGCCAAUGCGAUCGCAGCCCAACGUGUUCUGCCGUAUUUCAAAACGUCUUACCUCAGUCCAGAUUUGACUGAUAUUCGCUUCGACGAUUUGAAGAUGUAUAAGUAUUUGUUCAGAACCAAAGGCUCCCUCUUCGAGAAAGUCGUCUUGAUAUCUCGGGUCUUGAAAACGAAGCAAAUAACUCCCGUUGCCGUGAUGUAUUCUGAUGACGAAAGUCAUAAAGCUCAGUUAGAGACGUUUAAAGAGGAAUCGUCCAAAGACGGGAUCUGCAUUGAAGAAAUUCUCAAGGCUUCUGAUGAUAACGUGCUCACUUCGCAGGCGAAGAAGCGAGCCACCAGGGCGAUCGUGUUGUUGACAAACUUGCGUGAUGGUACUUCGAUUUUGAACCAGACAAAACAUCUCAGUUCACAGAACCAGCAAACCUAUUUGUUUAUUGGCGUUGAGGACUGGAUACAAAACUUGGACAAAGAUCUCAUCUCCGCCGAUCAAGUAACUUUGUUUAUUACAGAGAGAAAAGUCCGCACCGUACCGCCAUUUGAGAAGAAAAUCAAAAAGAUGAGCUUCCAAAAUAAAUUGGGUCUUCCGGACGUUUGGUUUGAAGAAUUCUAUCAGUGGUUUCACAACUGCAGUCUGACACCAUCCCAAUACAGUAAACCGUGUACCAGAUACGAAACCGUAACAGACGAUAUGAUAGCUAAACUCGAUCAAACAUCGAUCCUAAACACAAUUGUCGGGACGAAUGCUUUAACCGAAUCCAUCCAUAAUUGGAGAAAAACAUGUAACGUAGACAAACCGCCGGCAGGAUGCCAGUUAUCUACCCCUGAAGGUCGCUCACGAUAUUGGUCGCAGUUGAAUGAUGUAGAAUUUAAAACGAACAAAAGUCUUUUAAAACCGGAAGCCUCUCUAGAUUUCCGGUUUUCUAAACAAGUUUGGAGUCCAGGUUAUCUUGUACAAGAACUCCAGUCGAGUAAGCAGAAUACCUUUCAAACAGUCGCUACUUUUAGUAACGGUGUCUUAAAACCAUCUGUACCUAACUUCAAAACGGUCACAGAAGAAGUUCUUCAGACCAUCCUGUUUUGUCCUGGCUGUCGCUGUCUAAAUGACCAAGGAAACGCAGAAUCUAACAUACCAGGUUCGAGUUCUUUUGUUGGUGUAACAAACUUAAUGCUGAAAGAAUUGACAAUUCGCAACUACUUCCACUACGACGACGACGACGUUCGCCUCUUCGACUGGCCGCUAUGGGCAAUUAUUCUGGCAGUAUUGACCAGUAUCGGCAUAAUUUUCACCGUUCUGCUUUUCUUCUACCUUCUCAUUGCCUAUCCGAUCCGUGGUGGAACUACAAGUCUAGGAUUCUUGUUCUUAAUCGGUAUUCUUGGAAUUUAUGGCGUUAAUUUCGCGUUCUUCGCCCAAGCGAGCAUCACCGUAUGCGCAGCCAGAAGGUUCACCAUGGCUGUCGUUUAUGUUCUCUGCUUUGCCUGCUUAUGUGUAAAGUCUGUAGACAACUGGAGAUAUCGUAGUAAUGAGAUCGAUAACCACGACUACCGCCGACUGUCCAGUAGCCUAGCUUUGGGUAUUGUUACGCUACUCAUCGUUCUCGUGCAGAUCAUCCUAAAUAUUGAAUGGCUGCUUCUUGUCAAGCCUUCAUCAGUGACCCUAUAUCCUACGAUGAGCGUGCGCAGAGGUUAUCCAGAUACCCCCAUCAAACUGCGGCACGAUUACGAAUGGUGCACCCCAGCAGACACCUAUGACACCGGCAUGGCACUUUCUUUCAUAUUCGUCAUAAUACUCGACGUUUUUGCCAUAUGUUUCGGUUCGUUGCUCUGGGACAACGAGAAGAACUACUACGAGUCGCGUUGGAUCGUGGUCGCUUGUCUAUGUUCCAGCAGUUGUUUCCUCGUCUGGAUGGUAGUCUCGACCUCUUCCGAUGCAGUGUUCCGCGACCCAGCUGUAGCUAUCGGCAACUUCAUCAACGCCACCGCGCUACUGGCCGUCAUGCCACUGCGCAAAGCCAUUUUGUUAGUGAAAAUCAAAAAAGAAGUCGAGGAAGAGGAAAAGGAGAAACCUUAUUCUACGAUCUAUCAUAACAUUGACAGCAACAAAGUGUUCAGUGAUUAUACAGGGAACAACUACUCAGAGAAGUUUGCUUAACAGUCUCCAGGACCACGCAGCCUUCUUUCACCUGACAGACAAGAAUUUCUGGUAAUCCUGAAUGUGACGUACGUAAAGCAGAAAAAAGUCAAGAUUGAAAUAAUACAAAAGAACUAUUCAAACAAUGAAAAUUUAAUUAAUUACAAAAUAACCAUAACAGUAACAACUACAACUUAAUGACAAUUGAAUUUUAAAAAAAAUUCGCUGAUCUCUCGAAACUAUUUCGAAACGUUCCAAUCAGCAACAGAAUUUGGUCGUAAAAUUGCAUUAUAAAACCAUUUUGACAGCCACUAAUCUGAGACAGCCUGUAAUUUUAUGAUGCAAUUUCAUGUUUGAAAGUGUUUUUUUUAUUUAAAUUAAAACAUUCUAUCAUAUUUUUUUAAAGAACGGAUUUUUGUUUAGUUAUAUUCCAAACAGAAACUUCAUGUGACAAAUAUAUAUAUUUUUUUACUAAAUCUCUCUAAAAUCUUGAUUUUCAAAAUUGAUGGAAGCAUAAAGACAGAAUUUUUUUUUUCUCAUUAGAAAUACGGCCUCGAUAGGACGGAAGUUAAAAUGCCAUUCUUUCAAAUUACUUUCAAAUAUUGUAUCGGUAUCGGUUGUAUAUAUUCUAAAGUUGAAAGUUGGUAGUCCGACAUCUCGAAAUAAUAUCGUUCUUAUAAAAACCACGUCCUUUUACUUUCUGAGUUAAAAUCCGGCAGUAGUCAAUUUUACCUUUCACCCUCUCAGACGGAUAACUAUCUUACUUCUGGGAAUGAUAAAAACAAAAGUACCACUUAAAAUAAUAGUGACGUCGAUUGUCCCUCCUCACAAGUGUCUGUUCUUGUGCGUCUAUUCCUAGCACUGGGCUUUAUUAAGAGAGUACAGCCAUGUGUGUACUUCUUGAACUGAACUGUAUUAAGAGAGCACAGCGCUAUGUGAACUUCUAGUACUGAACUCUGAGUACAGCGCUGUGUGUACUUCUACCUCUGAGCUUUAUUGAGAGAGUACAGCCUUAUGUGUACUUCUAGCACUGAACUCUAUUAAGAGAGUACAUCACUGUGUGUACUUCUAGCACUAAAUUCUGUUAAGAGAGUACAUCGCUUUGUAUACUUCUAGCACUGAACUCUAUUAAUAGAGUACAGUGCUAUGUGUACUUCUCUCUAUGGGCUUUAUCAAGGUGGUACAGCCUAUGCGCACUUCUAGCAUACACUUUCUUGUACUUUAUUGUAAACAACCCAGCAGAAGAAAGUAAAGUAAAAAUCGGCUAUGGCGGGAUUUGGAUUCAAAACGUAGAGGGAUUGCAAACUACGUGUCACAAUAUAUUUUCCCCGAUGCUCUGCCGAUUCUACCAUUCACCAAAUUGUAUUGUAAAUAAUUAUAAUAAAAAUAAACUAUUACAAUUUUUUCUG